AUGUCUAUCAAGAUAUUGCCAAUAAAAAGUUCUAUCGAUAAUAUUUCGACAGUCAAAAUGCACGAUAUUCGGUUUACGGAGCCAGAAAGACUGCCAAGUAAAUGUAAACGAGUUGAAUUGUAUUGUGUAUCGACGAGUGAAGAUGCCGAGAUAAUUCUAAAUUCGGGUUGUAAAGAGCUUUUGAUUUCUGAAUACGCUGUUGCGAUCAAUGCUCAGGACGUAGAGAAACUUGAUUUUUUAACCGUAAAAUUAUCGAUAACAGAAGAAAAAGGCAUCAAAUUCGUUGGUUUGAAUUUGUUAAAUACUUGUGCUUUUUUAAUACCUGUUAAAGAACGGAUUCAAUUAUAUCAUUAUUCACUAACUUGGAAGAGAUAG